UGGUUAGUGCAUUCAGACUAUCAGCCCCGAUGAAGUACCUCUUGUGGAUCUGCUUCCUUUUCAUAGGGAAAUCCCACGGAUACGUGCGCCUUACAAACCUGGCGUGCGAAAGCUAUGACAAAACAUUCGUUGACUUUCCAGAAUGCCGACUGAAAGUGCUUGGCAGGGGAAUCAUCGGGGCCAACAUCCAUGUGAAGUUUCUAAAACUGCCAAUAAAUAGGAUGGCCGUGAGAUUCACCGUUUAUCGGAAGCUAUCCGGAUACCAUCCGUUUCUAUUCAAUGUUUCCGAGGAAUUCUGUCGCGUCCUAAAGCAUCCCAAUCGUCUGAGAGUCUUCUACUACUUCUACACCGCCUUUUUGCCCUUUUCCAAUCUUAAUCAUACAUGUCCUUACAAUGCUGAUGUUUUCAUAAGGAACUGCACCUUGAGUGACCGCAUGUUUGCAAAGGUUCCAUUGCCAAAAGGCAUCUACAAGUUGACCCUCGAGAUGGAUGAUGGAGUCGUAAACUGGGUUUCCAUCAUAAACGUCUACUUCGAAAUUAAUGUUGACUAAGCGCGGAAACAGAGGCGCAUUCAACAUGGCAAUAUAUGAUAUUUUAAAACUUGAAUUGCAUGUGGUAUAUGUAUAUCUAUCUUACUCGGUAUGAAAAAGGUAUGGGUCGAGCUCAUUUUAUUUUCCCAAAGAGAAGUUUUAAAGAUAUUUGCUUAUAUGCACACAUUAACAAGAGGGGAAGUUCAACAAGCCGAGUUUGUAUACUCUUCCAAUAAUUAUUUUACUUACGGCUAUAAAAACUUAUAUUUAUCAAAUAAGAACAUUUUGUGAAGAAAACCAAAGAAACUAUAAUUUCUUCUCCUUCAUUUUAAUUUAUUUUACUGUUCAUAUGGCAGCUAUAGUCGGCCAUUUUUAAUCUAAAUAUACCCGAAAUUAUAUAUCGUCUAAAAA